AUGAGUGAAAAGUAGAGUGUAAAGUAAUACAUCUAAGGGAAAUUAGAUUUUCUUGAAUUUAUGAUUGCUGAGAAAUAAGCAAAUGUAAAAAGGUAAGAGGCCUAAAGAAACGAGUUAAAUAGUUUGGGUAUAUUUGAAUUUAUAUUAUAGUGAGAUAAGUGAAAGAAGAAUUAUAAGCAAUGUAAGAGCCUCAUUCAUAUGUUGGUGAUGUUGUUAAAUAGAUGGGAAAAGAUAAAGUAUUAGUUAAAGUGAAUCCAGAAGGAAAAUAUGUAGUUACAUUAGAUAAGAGUAUAAAGAUCGAGGAUUGUAAACCUAAUACUAGAGUUGCUUUGAAAAGUGACUCAUAUGUUUUGCAUAAGAUUUUACCAACAAAAGUAGACCCAUUAGUUUCAUUGAUGAAAGUAGAGAAAGUGCCUGAUUCAACAUACGAUAUGAUUGGAGGUUUAGAUUAAUAAGUAAAGGAAGUAAAGGAAGUUAUUGAGUUACCAAUUAAACAUCCUGAAAUAUUUGAAAGUUUAGGAAUAGCAUAACCAAAAGGUGUUUUAUUAUAUGGACCACCUGGUACUGGUAAAACAUUAUUAGCUAGAGCAAUAGCACAUCAUACAGUAUGAUAAAGAUAUGAUUAAAUAUAGGAUUGUACAUUUAUUAGAGUAAGUGGGUCUGAAUUAGUAUAAAAAUAUAUUGGAGAAGGUGCUAGAAUGGUUAGAGAAUUAUUCGUUAUGGCACGUUAACAUUCUCCAUGUUUAAUCUUUAUUGAUGAAGUAGAUUCAAUUGGAGGUGCUAGAAUGGAAGGAGAAAGAGGUGGAGAUUCAGAAGUUUAAAGAACUAUGUUAGAAUUAUUAAAUUAAGUAAUUUCUUAUUAUUUAUAUAGCUUGAUGGUUUUGAAUCUACUUAAACUAUUAAAAUUAUAAUGGCUACUAAUAGAAUUGAUAUUUUAGAUUCAGCAUUAUUAAGACCUGGAAGAAUUGAUAGAAAAGUUGAAUUUCCUAAUCCAGGAGUUGAUGCUAGAUUAGAAAUUCUUAAAAUUCAUUCCAAAAAAAUGAAUCUUAUGAGAGGAAUUGAUCUAAGAAAAAUUGCUGAAGUUAUGCCAGGUGCAUCUGGAGCUGAAUCUAAAGCUGUUUGUACAGAAGCUGGUAUGUUUGCACUUAGAGAACGAAGAAUUCAUGUUACUUAAGAAGAUUUUGAAAUGUCUGUUGCUAAAGUCAUGAAAAAAGAUAUUGAAAAAAAUAUGGCUAUCAAUAAAAUGCUUAAAUGA